AUGUUAUCAAGAUUAUUCAAUCAUCAUUCAAUCAAUCAUUCUGGUAGAUCGAUUUGUACCAUAACUGGUAAACUCUCAUUCCACGAAACCCACUAUCUAUUACAAGGAAAAAUCAAUGGAUCAUUCCCACAUUCCUUUAGAUUUGAUCCUGGUACAUCUCAAAUUUCAACUCAUCAUGCAUCUUGUGUAGGAUUUAAAUCACAUCCUUUACUUUUAGGUAAAUCAACCAUGACCAAUGGAGAUAUAAAGUAUGAUUAUUUAUGUCAAGGAAAUCUAUUCUUUGAUGAUAUUGAAAUUCCAAUGAUUUACAAAGUAGCACCACACCAACCAGCUCUAUUUGGUUUAGAUGCCAGUAUGAAAUUAAAUCUAAAGUUUGAUUUUCUUACUGGAGACUAUUUAAUUACCAAACCAACUCUAUCUCAUCCAAAAUCAUCAUUAUUUCGAUCAAUAGAUUAUGAUUCACUCUUGAAAGAUCGUGGUAUUGAUAAAAGCCAACUUUUACCAAUAGAUCAAUUACCAACACCACGUGAAACCUACAAGUCUCUUGUCCUCCAACACAAAGAAAAUAGUAUCUAUGAACUAGAUACAUCUUUCAACCAUGGAAUGUAUAUUAGUUCUUUGUAUAAAAAUUAA